UUUAAAUAUUUUUUAUUUCAGUCAUAAUUUAAAGAGCUUAAAAAUGAUGGAGAAAUCUCUUGCAAACACAAAUUUGGAGCAUUUAUCUCGUUUGAAUGUUACGACAAGACCUGCUUGUCGCUCUGUUGAAAUGUUGAAGAAAAUGAUUGAAAAUGGCAUGAAUAUUGCCCGUAUGAACUUUUCUCAUGGAGAUCACGAAUAUCACGCCGGAACAAUCAAAAAUGUUCGUGAAGCAGCCAACAGCUUCAAUCCACCCAAGAUUGUCGCGAUUGCUCUUGAUACUAAAGGACCAGAGAUUCGGACUGGUCUCCUUGUUGGGGGAGGCUCUGCAGAGGUCACACUCGAAAAGGAUGCUUCUAUAAGGCUUACAACUGAUCCGGCAUUUGAAAAGUCUUCAACUGGUGUUUGCCUUUUUGUCGAUUACAAGAAUAUUGUUAAAGUCGUCAAGCCUGGCUCUCGUGUUUUUAUCGAUGAUGGGUUGAUUUCUCUUAUUGUCGAGGAAAUUACUGGUGACGGCGCAGUCUCUUGUAAAGUCGAGAAUGGCGGGAAACUUGGCAGCCGCAAAGGAGUGAAUCUUCCAGGGACCGCAGUUGAUUUGCCGGCUGUUUCUGAGAAGGAUACCAGCGAUUUACUUUUUGGAGUGGAACAGGGUGUUGAUAUAAUCUUUGCUUCUUUCAUUCGUGACGCUGAAGCUAUUCGCACCAUCCGUGAAGUUCUUGGGGAGAAAGGAAAGAAUAUAAAGAUCAUCUCAAAAAUUGAAAAUCAACAAGGGGUUGACAAUGCUGAUGAAAUAAUUGAGGCUUCUGAUGGUGUUAUGGUUGCUCGUGGAGAUUUGGGAAUCGAAAUUCCAGCCGAGAAAGUAUUUAUUGCACAAAAGAUGCUAAUCUCAAAAUGUAAUAUUGCUGGAAAACCUGUCAUUUGUGCUACGCAAAUGCUUGAAUCCAUGGUUUCGAAGCCACGUCCAACGCGCGCUGAGGGAAGUGAUGUUGCCAAUGCUGUUUUGGAUGGCGCUGAUUGUGUUAUGCUUUCUGGUGAGACUGCUAAGGGAGAAUAUCCCGUUGAAACUCUCAUCACUAUGCAUAAUAUUUGCAAAGAGGCAGAAUCGGCCUUUUUCCAUGCAAAAUUCUUUCAAGAAAUUUGUAAAGACACCAAAAAGCCAACAGACAAAACACAAACAAUAGCAAUUGCUGCUACUUCUGCGGCUAUUUCGUGUCGUGCUAGUGCUAUUGUGGUUAUGACGACAACUGGCAAAUCAGCAAUCGAUUGUUCUCGUUAUAAGCCGCCAGUCCCAAUUAUUGCGGUUUCUCGUGAUGCACAAGUUGCCCGGCAAUUACAUUUGUAUCAAGGAGUAUUUCCUCUUCAUUAUCCUAAAAUGGAACGAGAACCUGAUUGGACGACUGAUCUUGAGAAACGUAUUGAAGUGGGAAUUGAUGAAGGAAAAUCGCGUGGUUUUAUCCAUACUGGAGAUAUUGUUGUGGUUAUUACUGGUUGGCGUACAGGUUCUGGUGCAACAAAUACUCUUCGUUUGAAAACAAUUGAAUAG